CAAGGUUGUUUUCCAUUCCAAAUCGGCCUCUUACAAGUUACAAUUCAUAUCUUGUUUUUCUUCUAGCAAGAAGGGGAGAAAGAAAAAAUGGCAAAAAUGAAUUUUACUCUUUUAUGGGCACUAGCUUUAAUUUGUUUGAGUAGAAACGCAGAUGGAAAAGCCAAAUCUAGAGAAACUCUUUCAGAUGUUGAUAGGAAGUUGAAGCUUCUCAAUAAGCCUGCAGUCAAGAGUAUAUUGAGUGACGAUGGAGACAUCAUUGACUGUGUUGAUAUCCACAAACAACCUGCUUUUGAUCAUCCUGCAUUGAGGACUCAUGUGAUUCAGAUGAAACCAAGUUUCGACGCAAGAAUAGAGAACCUGGGUAACAGAAGCCAUAUUGUUCAGACAUGGCAAAGAAGUGGAACUUGUUCGGAGGGAACCAUUCCCAUCCGCAGAAUCCGAAAGCAAGACUUACUCAGAGCAGCCUCACUUGAGAACUUUGGGAGAAAACUCUCACAUAAUACAUCAAACAAUAGAGAACAAAAUGGCAGUCACUUUAUACACAUAAACAACACUGAAGUUGUAGUUUCUCCAAUAGUUCGUUCUACUGCAUAUCUUGUUACGGUUGGAUACAACUAUAUUGGAGCUAGUGGAGAUAUAAACGUCUGGAAUCCGAAGGUUGAUUUACCGGAGGAUUUCACUUCUGGUCAAAUUUGGGUUAGGGGAGGCCCCGGAGACAAUUUUGAAAGCAUUGAAUCAGGAUGGGUGGUGAAUCCUAAAUUAUAUGGAGAUACACGAACCCGAUUUUUUGCAUACUGGACUAAGGAUGCAUACAAUCAAACAGGCUGUUUUGACCUGACCUGCAGUGGGUUCAUACAAACAAGCUCCCAUGUCGCCCUUGGUGCAGCCAUUGAGCCUUGCUCUAGUAGAUCUGGACCCCAGUAUUAUAUCCCUAUUGGCAUCUUCAUGGAUACAAAUACAAGCAAUUGGUGGUUAAGAUACAGUGGGACAGAGGUGGGGUAUUGGCCGGCUGGGACCCUGUUGUUUUACCUGAAUCACAGCUCAACGAUGGUUCAAUGGGGAGGAGAUGUUUACAGUCAGAAUGUGAGGAAGAAUCCUCAUACAAAGACUGCCAUGGGAAGUGGAGAGUUUGCAAGUGCGACUGGUUUAGGAAAUGCAUGUUUUAUUCAGCAUGUAAGAAUUAUGGACUUUUCUCGAACUCUAAAGUACCCUGAGUGGGUGAGCACUUGGGCUGAUGAACCCUACUGCUAUUCAUCUCUCAACUGGGCACCGUAUGGGGUUGAACCUGUAUUCUAUUUUGGAGGACCUGGCGGUGGUUAUGAUUAUAUGUGUCCAUGAUUACCUGUACUCCCUGAUAAAAUAAUGUCAGGAUUGAAGUUAUUCUAUUUGCAUACAUGAAAAGAUCAAAAAACUGAUAUCACAGGGACACUAGUGAUCUAAUUGAUACAGUUUAGGGGACAUCCAUAAAGCCAACCUUCUCUUUCAGGAAGGUUCCUUUGUAGUCUAAAAUAAAUGAGAACCAGUUUC